ACACAUGAAAAGCUGCCCCAUGCAGUGACCCAAAGCCAGGAGCCUGCCUGCAGAAGCGAGCUGGGAAAAGGCUCAGUUACAUCCAGACAGUCUCUGACUGCCGUUGCUCGCGCUUCCACAUGAACCAGCUGCUGCUGGAGAUGCCAAGCUUGAACUCUGGAAAUUCAGAUUAACUCCUGUGCUGAUCAGAGAGAGAUGACAGGGCUAAAAGAGCCAUCAGUCCAGCCCAAGGGUGUUUAUGCUUUUAUGUUCUUGUGUCUUCUGUGGGGUAUCAUGAUGGCCCACUCCAGCCAGGAUUUGAAAUUCUAGAGGACUCAGUUCCAUUGAGACUUUUUGCUUUUGAAGGAGAUGCCACCGAACCUUGUUCUGCUCAUUUCACUGUCUAUAAAAGGGCUAUAAGAGCUCUUUACCAUUCAUUUUAGGGACUCUUACUUCACUGUUAAUUGUGUAGUACUUUAAAUUCCUCAGCAGAACCAUUGCACUCAGCUGUGAGUGAAUGGACUCACAUGGGCUCAAGAGGUGAAAGCACUGCCGAGUUCUGCUGAGCUCCCACUCUGUAUCCUGCAGCCUUGAUUCCUACACACAGGCCAGACUCCUUCCCAGCAACAGCCAGAAUAACUCCACUGAAGUUGGUGCAUCUGUGCCUGCUUAUGCCAGCACUAAAUUUAGCCUGUGCAUUCAUCAUCAACUUGUUCCAAUGAGUUAGUUAGAAAAAAAUCUCCAAGCAGAGUCAUUCCUUUUAGGAAUAAUCACUUAAAGAAGCUCCGCCACCAGCCCCUGUCCCUGCGGACAGGAACGGCACAGGAUAUGCAGGGACUGUUACCCAGGAGCCGGGUGGCUCCCGGAGAGCAGCCCCGCGGGCGUGCGGCCAGCCCGGCCGCACAGUGAUUCACCCUCGGCGCCAAUUACUUCAUUGCCCCAGCAAAAACAACGACGGUAGCGGGCAAAGCAACGGGCCAGAGCACACCCCGGGCGCUCCGUGCGCAUUGAGCCGGCCCCAUUCCCGGGCAGCCCCGCGGUGACAGCCAAGUGCAGCUCCCCUCACACGGCGGCCCGGGCCCCGCUCUCCACCGCGCUCUCGGCUUUGUCGCCCCCGCCCCGCCGCCAUCUUAACUCCUGGCAGCCCGGCGCCCUUCGCCUGCGCUGCCACCCGCGCCCCCGGCGGCGCGGCGGGACCAGCCGGGCCCCAGCGCAGCUACGGCGGGAGCGACCGAAGGGGAAGAAGCGGCUUCCCCCGGACUCAUGGCUCUAACGAAGGUGCCGAGAAAGACCGUACCGCUCUCUCGCACAGAGCUACCGCCGCCCCGCGCCCGUCCCCAACAUGGCCCCGCCCGGCUCACUUUACCGCUCGCAGGCCGGCGGGCUCGUCGCUUGGGUGACGUAACCGCGCGCCCGUUUCCAUGGGAACCGGAGGCGCGGGCGGCGGGAGCGCCACGGGCCGCGACCGCCGGGAGCGACUCCCGAUCCCCCGGGAGCGACUCCCGAUCCCCCGGUGCCGCCGGGCCCUCUCCGCUCCCGGCAUGUUCGCGGACAGGACGGCACCCGGUGCCGACGUGCAGUCGCUGUGGAGAAGCGCCCGGAGCGCGCGCUGCGAGGCGAAAACUUGCCAGACUGGGAAAAUUUCAACAGCAGAAGCUGCAGCACAGUCUCACACAGCCCGAGAUGCUGCGGUGCAGACAGAACAGAGCAAAGAUGCUGUCCAAGACUUCCAGCAAGAAGUCCAAGUAGAUUACACUGGGCUUCUGUCAUUCCUUCAGAGAGUGGAGGAUGCUGUUAUCAAAGAACUAAAUAAAAACUGGAGAAGUCAUGCCUUUGAUGGCUUUGAAGUGCACUGGACAGAUCAGGAUGAAAGAGUGUUGUGUUUGCAUACAUUGUCAUACCCAGAGGCUCAGGAUCAAAACCUGCAGGUCACCAGUGUUUCAUGGAAUGCCACGGGAUCUGUCAUUGCAUGUUCCUACGGCCGGUUGGAUGAUGGUGACUGGAGCACAGAAAAAUCCUAUGUUUGUACCUGGAAUCUGGACAGAAGAGGGCUGAAUCCACAGCACCCUGACCUGGUGGUGGAUGUUCCCAGUUCUGUCAUGUGCCUGGCUUUCCAUCCCUCCCAGCCAUCACUGAUAGCUGGUGGCCUGUUCAGUGGGGAGUUGGUGGUGUGGGACACCAGCAGGACAGAAGACCCUGUGAUCUGGAGGACAGGCAUGACAGAUGACACCCACACUGACACAGUCUAUCAGGUUAACUGGUUGCCUGACGCCAAGCACAGAAACCACGGCCGGCUGUUGAGUGUGGCAACAGACGGGAAGAUCCUCGUGUGGAGGGAGGAGCGGGAUGGGCGGCUGGCCUUGGCUGAAGGAUUUGCCAUCGUGGCUCAGCAGAUCCCUCGCAGCACUCGGCUGAAGAAGGUGGGCUGGGGAGAGGCAGCCGUGGGGGUGACCUCGCUGUCCUUGUCACACUUCGAUGCCGGUGUGUUCGUUGUGGGUGUGGAAGGCGGCUGCUGCCUGCGGUGCUCCACCGCGGCGCAGCGCCCGGCGCUCCCGCGGCCUGGCGGCUCCGUUCCCCUCAGGGCUCCGGCAGAGCUCGCCUUCUCCCCUCACGCUGGGCCCGUGUACUCCGUGAGCUGCUCGCCCUUCCACAGGAACCUCUUUCUGAGCUGUGGGACCGAUGGACAAGUUCACUUGCAUUCCAUGUUGCAGACACAGCCCCUCUUUGCUCUACAGUUAUCAAAGAAAUACCUGUUCUGUGUGUGCUGGUCUCCCGUUCGACCACUGGUUUUUGCAGCUGCGUCUGGGGAAGGAGAGGUGCACCUGUUUGACCUGGCCCGGAGCACGCAGAAGCCCACGGUGUCCCUGAAGCAGUCUGUGACUGACUGCCCUGUGUAUUGUUUGGAAUUCAACACCAAGCACACGCGGCUCCUGGCAGCAGGGGAUGCUGCUGGGACAGUCAAAGUCUGGCAGCUGAGCUCCGACUUCACCGAGCAGGGACCAAGGGAAAUGAGUCACCUGGAGCAGCUGGCAAGUGAGAUCAUGGACUGAGGGAGCAGCACAAGAGCUGCGUGAAGCUU